CGCGCUCGGAACCGCCGGAACGGAGCGAGGGAACGCUGGAGGCGGCUUUGUACCUUGUCCGCCGGAGCCCCAGGCUGUCCGGUUCACCUUGAUCACCACCAGAGAAAACUCCACAAAAGAUGGAAGACACCGAGCCGUGGUACUCUCAGCAAGUGUACACAAGGUACUGGAGGCACUAUGACUUAGCCAUGCGCUGGAUGCGCAGGCACCAGAAGGCCUACAGGAAAGCCAUGGAGUCCUUUUAUCGCCUGCCAUGGCAUCCAUGUCAUCCUGCUGCAGCCUCUCCAAGCAGCCACUAUGCAGAUUGGGAUGGGAAUGACCUCCCACAUACCCAAAACUAUUCUUCCAGCUAUAGACCAGGUGUCAGAGUUCCAUAUCAUGGGGGAGAUCAGCAGUACGCAGGUGCCUACGAGGAGAGGGAUGAUGCUGAUGAGGACUCUGAAAUGGAAGAGGAUGCUGAAGGAGACUCCAAAAUGGAGGAAGACUCCGAGUCUGAAGGGGAGAUAGAAUAUGACUUGAGUAACAUGGAGAUCACAGAGGAGCUUCGCCAGUUUUUUGCAGAGACAGAAAGGCACCGAGAAGAGCUGCGGAGGCAGCAGCAGCUGGAGGCUGAGGACCCAUACGUGGAGGCUGAUCAAGACCUGCACAAGAGGGUGGAGCGUUCUGUGGAGCCGCCUACAGAAAGACCCGGGGAGAGGCGCAUGGCAGAAAUGAAGAAACUGUAUGGUGCUGAAGCUGCCAAAAUCCAGGCAAUGGAGGCUGCCAUGCAGCUUAUCUUUGAUAGGAACUGUGACAAAAAGCAGCCCAAAUACUGGCCCAUUAUUCCCCUUAAGCUGUAAGUACCCAGACUGUGCUCUGACACGGUGCAGUGCUAUAAGGUCAGGUGCCUCAGGUUGGGCUGCUGACAGAGCAAACUGCACAUUUUGGUUUUGGGCUUUGGGGGAGUGUCUAGCAAGGACAGCAUGUAUUUCUUUGGCCAUUUUUUUCUUUUACAGUGUCUGUCAGUGAUGCUCACAGUCCAUUCAUCCUACAUACAGUUGUCAAGUAGUAAUAGGAGGGACUGUAAUAUCAAACCUGUCUAAAAUUCUCUAAUUUGAUACCCGCUUGCCUUGACUUGCAAGAAACAUAACAACAUCCAUACUCAGUGAACUGGGAAAACUUGAAGCAAUAUAAAGAAGGAAAAGACUUUAGGAAUCGUCUGCUCUUCCUGUUUAGGAAUUUGACUGAUCCCAUUUUCUAGUCUUAUUUAACGUAGUAGUAUUAGGAUCAUGUUUCACACAGCAUAGCUUGAAGUGUUAUGUCUGCUAAUCUUGGAUUUUUUUGAGAAUCAGGAGCCCACUGGCCAAGAUACAACUUAUCAAAUUACCAUAGCCCAGACACUGGAAUUCUUUUUCAAAGGUUUAUAAUAAAGCAGGAAGGUUUUUUUCCAGACUGAUACUUGUCUGGCACGAGUUUGACUCUAAAGCAACAUUAUAUAGAAAAAUGUUUUAAUGCAGGGGUGGGAGGAUCGGGCAGAAGCCUGUUGUGGUCCUGUCUGUUAGAGAUCUGUUGAGCAGAAGAGAAACUAAGAGGACACAACACUAUUUGAGCCAGUGCCUCCAGUGUUUUUUGUCAUUCUAAUAAAAAGCAGCAAUGGACUUUAAGCUUUAAAGAAGGCUUAUUAGAGCAGUAGACUAUAUCUCACCAAUGUAUAUAGAACUGUGGAAGCCAAGUAGCCCUGUGGGCUAUGUCUAUUUUAGUUGCAGCUUUCCAAUGGCCAGGUGCAUGGGACAUGCACAAAAUUUAAACAUAAGUAGUUGUGUACUCAUCUAUCUACACAGAGAUGUGCCUCUGUGUGUGCUUAUCCAUCUGCACUAGCUGUUCGGUUCUGCUUCUGUCACUCUUUGGGCCAGUGGUGCUUGCCCCACAGGAGGUAGAAUGAAGCACAUUGGUGGUUUGUGUAAGAGAGGCCAAAAGGGCCCCUCAAAACCAGUGUCUCCUUAGAAAAUGGUACCCUGAACACUUAAAAGGACUCUGUGAAGCUCUGCUGAUAAAUAUCAUUGUGUACUGAAGGUCAGUAGUUUGUGUUGCAGCAUUUUCAUGCCAGGGCAAAAGAACCAUCUGCUGGUUUAAUAGUGAUAUACCCAUCUGCCUUCGUGGCAACAGAGGAAGCUUACAAUUAAAAUUUUAGCUUCAGUUCAUGUUGACUGAGUGUCCAGAGUUUCUCUGUAGCAUGUGUAGUUUGUAAUACACCCAGCAGUUGCUGUGCCCUCUGCAGCAGCCAGCUGCAACAAAGCAAGUCUGCAGUGCGGUUUGGAAUAUCUUUGCUUUCAGCAGUAGUUACUGUUUUUUCAAAGCAGCAUUUCCAUGACAUUCCACCUCUUUCACUUUAGAUGUGAUGAGAUGAAGUUAAAUUGAACACUGAAAUUAAAAAGCCUCCAGUUUCCAAGACUUAUUUGUGGUGUGAUUAAUCUGAAAAACUUCACUGAGACAGGAGAGAGAAAAGGAUUAUUAACAGUCUUUCAUUUGUCUUCACUCUUGUUUUUGGCAGGUUUCAUCAAAAAUUCUGUGUUUUGUUGGGGUUUCCUUUCAUUGACCAAAUAAAUUUUCUUCUAACACCUUGUAAUUUUCUUUUAUUUUUUUAUAUAAACAAACUUCCAUAGCUAGAACACUUCAGUUCUUAGAUAGUAAAGCUUUCUUUUAGCUGCUGUAUUGUUUAAGGAAAAUUGAACUUAGAGCAGGAGUGGUUUUAACAUAUGGAGAGGCACAAGGAGUGUUGACAAGACUUUCACAGUAAUGUCAGGCAAUACCACACAUGUAUGGUGUGGUGCAAAAUGAAUGGGAAGGUUGCUGUAUCCACUGGGGGAAAGCCCUGUCGCAGAUUACCAUGCAUAAAUUUUUCUGUUCCUAUUUGAAAUGUUCCCAAUGUGGUGAUGGUGUUUUCCCUGUGCAGUUCAGUUCAGAAAAAAAAGAAGAAGAAUGGGUAGGGUAGGACUGGGCUGUUCUUAC